CCCAAUUACAAAACACCAGGAAAGAGAAACUUCUGAGAGGCCAGACAUACCCUAGAGGGGCCCCUGAGCAAUAUCCCAGCGUCCAACCCACCUGCGAAGUCUCUGCAUCAGGAACCCACUUCCCAACCCUUCUUCACCGGGGACGCACCUGCUCCUUCCGAAGAUGGAGAUGGUCAAGGAGAACAAGGUGGACAUCCUGGGGCACCCCCAGAGCUCGGCUCCCGUGACGACCACUGUGAUCAACAUCCGUAGUGAGACAGCCGUGCCCGACCACAUCAUCUGGUCCCUGUUCAACACCAUCUUCAUGAACUGGUGCUGCCUGGGCUUCGUGGCCUUCGCCUACUCUGUGAAGUCCAGGGACCGGAAGAUGGUGGGUGACCUGACUGGGGCCCAGACUUAUGCCUCCACCGCCAAGUGCCUCAACAUCUGGGCCCUGGUCCUGGGCCUCCUUCUGACCACUGGAUCCAUUGUUCUUCUGGUGUUUGUCUACGCUACAGCCUACAGUGUAGUUUUAAAGUCUAUGCAGGAGAACAAUGGGUACCACUAGGUGCUCAUGGCAGGAGACCCAAGUCCUCCACCGUGCGCUGCUGGCCCUGUCCCUUAGCGUCCAGCCCUUUACAUUAACACACUUGCCUGCCUACAGCUGAAUUCAAUAAAGUACACUUGCGUGUGA